CCGGUGUGUUGUUGCCGCUGACCUGUGGGCGUUCUCAGAAGCAGAGGACGAGAGGAAAGUGAAGGACUUUAUCUUAACGUUUCAAACAAGGGGGAAAGAAAGAAAGGACUUUAUUGUUUCAUCUUCUUUUUUUGUGGAGAGCGCCCGCCGCAAGUGGAUUCCGUACUGAGGAGAGGGGGAGUGGAGUAGUGUGUCUGGAGGAGGAGAAGUCUUUUUUACAGUUCUUCUUUUGUCCGUCAUCAUGGGUUUCUUAAUGUGCAUGAGGUAUUUGGCCUUCCCUCUGCCCCUUUCAGCCUUCAGCCAGAGCCCCUCCAACCAGGAAGAUGUCGACUUCAUACGAUGAAACUGCUGCUGCUGGUGACGAGACCAUGGACAGCUUUUGGGAGGUGGGAAACUACAAGCGCGUCGUCAAACGGAUCGAUGACGGCCACCGACUUUGCAAUGACCUCAUGGGCUGCCUUCAGGAACGUGCCAAGAUCGAGAAGGCGUACAGCCAACAGCUGACCGAUUGGUCAAAGAGAUGGAGACAGCUAAUCGAGAAAGGACCCCAGUACGGCUCGGUGGAGCGUGCCUGGCUGGGCGUGAUGACGGAGGCGGAGAAAGUGGGCGACCUCCACCAGGAGGUAAAGAACGGCCUCCUGAACGAGGACAUUGAGAAGGUGAAGAACUGGCAGAAGGAGGCCUUCCACAAGCAGAUGAUCGGCGGCUUCAAAGAGACCAAAGAGGCCGACGAGGGCUUCAAGAAGGCCCAGAAGCCCUGGGCCAAAAAGUUCAAAGAGAUGGAGACGGCCAAGAAGACCUACCACAUGGCGUGUAAGGAGGAGAAGAUGGCGGCCACCCGCGAGGCCACGGCGAAGGCAGAGGCCUCCGUCACCACCGACCAGCUGAAGAAGUUCCACGAGAAGGUGGAGAAGUGCAAACAGGACGCGGGCAAGGCCAAGGAGAAGUACGACAAGUCCCUGGAGGAGCUGAACAAGUGUACGCCGGCCUACAUGGAGCAGAUGGAGCAGGUGUUUGACCAGUGCCAGCAGCACGAGGUCAAGAGGCUCAACUUCCUCAAGGAGGUGCUGCUCGACAUCAAGCGCCACCUCAACCUCACCGAAAACCAGAACUAUGCCACAGUGUACCGGGAUCUGGAGCGCACCAUCCUGGCUGCCAACUCACAGGAGGACCUGAAGUGGUUCAGCAACAACCAUGGACCUGGCAUGCACAUGAAUUGGCCCGCCUUUGAGGAGUACAACCCAGAUGCCACUGCCGCUGCAGUGCAGAAGAGGGAAAAGAAGAAGCCUGAUGGUGUGGCCCCGGCGACCCCUAACACAGAGCAUGCUGGCCAGCCUGGAGACCGCGGAAGUGUGAGCAGCUAUGACAAGAACCAGGCCUACUCGACCGAGUGGUCCGAUGACGAGCAGCCCGCGGCGUACUCGGGCGGCGAGACCAACGGAGGGGCCAACUCCUUCGAGGAGGACUCUGGCAGCACUCGAGGAGGUGCUGGAGGUGGCGUCCGCGUCAGGGCACUCUACGACUACGAUGGACAGGAGCAAGACGAGCUGACUUUCAAAGCUGGUGACGAAUUUAUCAAGACGGAGGAGGAGGACGACCAGGGCUGGUGCAGAGGGCGCCUGGACAGCGGCCGCUCGGGCCUGUAUCCGGCCAACUAUGUGGAGGAGAUCUAGCUAACGCCACCACCGCCAAGGGAGGAAGGAGAGGAGACGAGAGGAAGAGGAAGAGGAGGAUGAGAGAAGAGGAGAGGAGGAGUAGAGGAGGAGGAGAGAUGGGUGGAUGAUGGGAGGACAGACAGGAUGAUGUGACAUGAUGGUUUGACAUGACAGGAGGCCGAUCCAGCCGCCAUGGUGAUGGGCGAUGGGGAGGCAGCUCAGAUUGUAACCCGCAGCAGAGGAGGAGGAGUCCUGCAACCUGCCUGCCUGCCUAGCCUAGCCUAGCCUAGCCUAGCCUAGCCUAGCCAGAGACCUACUUAGGAGCUACACUACACAGCUACGUACAGUACAUAUCCCUUGGCCCCAGUACUUACCGUACCAACCAAACAAUCCCACCCACCAACCAACCCCACACACAGUGUGAAGCAGUAUCAUUCAAAAAAAUAAAUGAAUAAAUAACACAGUAAUAAUCUUAGUAAGCUAAAGUGAUGACAAAAAGUUAUGCAGAAAAAAAGAAUCAUUAACGUCAUCUAUACAGUAUAUAUUUAUCAGCUGGGUGGGGUGGGCGAUGGGGUGGGGGUUUACACGCAUGAGAGGUGAGGCAUUUAUUCCCAUGUUCAUGCUAGUCACGCUUUACGUACCUACAUAAGGAAGCACACUUGAGACUACUGCUAUAGCUCCAGUGUACUGUUACAUUGGCCUCCAUAAGUUGAGCAUCAUGUAUGUAUACACACACACAUAUCACACAUUCACACACGUAUGCACACAUAGACAGACACACACAAAAACACACACACAUACACAUACACAUGGGGGUCGAUGUAGCAGUACAUUGUCUUACAGGUUAUCACAUGUAUCACAUCAACAGCAACAUAAAUAGUUAGUAGUACAAUAAUAGCAUUCAUGCAGCUAACUAGCUACGUAGCCACAGUGGAUAGGACACCCUCUACCAAACUAAAGGAUCUCUGCGAUGAUGACCACACCCAUCUUUUAUGCCGCCCGCCUCCAUCCCCUAUGGCCCCUUCCCCCACAGCGGCCACCCCACACACCUUCCAUGCUUAUAUUUUUCUGGUCACACUUUCUUUGACGUGGUCUAACACAAGGGUGUCAUAUAACUGGUAUAGCAAUGACAUACAGUAAGAAUGUCACCUUGGCAUUGUUUGGGUGACAUGAGAUUCUAGAAACAAAAAUGGCACAUUAUGACAACAGUCAUGAACAUCAAUAAUGUGUCAUUAAUGUUCCUGACACGUGUCACAUCAUUCUUAUGGCGGUUACCUGACAAUCUUGUGUAGACUACGUCAAGAAAAGAGUUGCUAUUUGUUUUUUGGUUUUUGGUUUUUUGUUAGUUUGUUUUGAUGCUAAUUCCUCCGGUGGUGUGACCCCUCUGGUGCUGGUGCGGUGUGUGGUGCAGUGCUGUCGUCUCACUCUCUCUCUCUCUCUCUCUCUCUCACUCUCUCUCACUCGUAUCUCUCUCUCUUUCUCUAUAUCUUAGAGAUAUAUCUCUCUACAGUAUAUCUCUUUAUCUCGUAUCACUGGAUCCCUGCUUGCAUAGAAGCAUGCACUAUGC